AUGUGCAGAGCACGAGCUUCUAAUCACAAACACCAUCUUCAAACUUCCCACCCGUAACAGAACAUCUUGGAUGCACCCCCGCUCAAAGCACUGGCAUCUGAUAGACUAUUCCAUCGUGCGUAAAAGAGACAGACAGGAUGUUCGGGUCACAAAGACCAUGUGUGGCGCUGACUGUUGGACAGACCACCGUCUUGUUGUUUCCAAACUUAAUAUUCGUGUCCAACCAAAGAGAAGGCCUCAGGGUGUAAAGAAGACUAAACGUCUGAAUACCAGCAAGCUGAAAGUCAGUGAGACUAAAAACACCUUUUCUGAUACUCUGAAACAACGCUUGGAUUCCACUCUGCUAAAUGGCCAGGACGUUGAGACUGCAUGGGCAGGACUCCGUGAAUUGGUUUACAACACGGCUUUAGAGUGCCUCGGGCAAAAAAUCAGAAAGCACAAAGACUGGUUUGAUGAUAACAGCACGGAGAUUGAACAACUGCUAGAGGAAAAGCGUCGUGCGUACAAAGCUCAUCUCGUUGACCCAUCGUCAAUUUCAAAACUUGAUACACUAAGAAAAGUACGAAGCACCGUCCAAGCAAAGCUGCGUCAGAUGCAAGAUACCUGGCUCAGUAGGAAAGCUGAUGAGAUCCAGGACUAUGCUGACAGAAACGACAUGAAAAUUUCUACAACAGCUUAA